GAGAGUCCAGCCGGAAGAUCUUUACGUGAUGACAAUAGAUGAAGAAGAUCUGGAUGGGCCACCGCCUCAUAAGAAGUUCAAAAAGAGCGAGUGCACGCCGCUUUUCAUGAAUGCUUACACCUUGAGAGAUGCCGGUGCUGUCCUACACAGUCAUUCCAAGAACGCUGUACUGGCCACGCUGUUGUUUCCCGGUAAUGAGUUCCGGAUAACGCACAUGGAAAUGAUCAAGGGGAUAUCCAAGGACAGAACGGGCGGCAACAAUCGGUAUGACGAGGAACUUGUUGUGCCAAUUGUUGAAAACACUCCUUUUGAAAAAGACCUCAAAGAUCGCAUGACCAGGGCAAUGGAGGAGUACCCAGAUACCUGUGCGGUGUUGGUUAGGCGGCAUGGCAUAUACGUGUGGGGAAAAACAUGGCAGAGAGCCAAGGCCAUGUGUGAGUGCUACGACUACCUUUUCGAAAUUGCUUCCUCCAUGAUUCAGCUGGGGAUGGACCCAAGUGUUAAGCCCCUAGAGCACUGAACUCUUUGAUUGAAACCAUCUGUUAAUACCAAUGAAUUGCCAACACGGAGCUCGCUACUCAAGGCUAAAACAAUUAAAGAAAUCACAAACAGCGGUGUUGGGAGUACCAGGAAUCUCAGCAUGGUCUGCGGCGGGCAAUCACUCGCCCCGAAUCUUGAAAAGCGUCGUUUUCUUUAAAAAUGAGAUCAUCACAGUUUCCCUGCAAAAAGCGUCUUGUUUAUACUGCAGGACGAGGUGUGAAUCUUCACAGGGUUGUAUUUUCAUAGGCUGCACACUAUAGGGAAAGAGAUUCCUGUGUCAGUGUCAGCAAAAGAAAUUGGCAUUUUCUGCAUUCAAAGUCAGAAUGUGAACACACAUUAUUACCUUAAUAUUUUUAUUUCUGUCCAUGGCAUACAUUUUUUAAUGUCUCAUCAUGCGUAAUGUACCUAGUGGGUGCCGGUAAAUGGUAGAUUUAAUUUAAUAGUUAUUUUUAUUCUGUAAGAUUUAAUGCACAUUCUGUUGGGAGUAUUAUAAGUUUACUGCUGUGCGUCUGCUGUACAUGUACGACAGUAUUCACGUGACUGUGCUGACUGCAGCUAAAAUUUAAAGAUUCGCAGUUAUAAAAAAUAGUAAAAUGGAGGCACAGUCUGCAUUGAACACGGGCGAUUUACAAUAGUGCGCCUCCAAGAGUUUGCAACGCGAUGGCCAAUCACGACCCGCGAAAUCUGUCGUCCCUUUCUAAACGUGCAUUGGGUCGACAGAUUUCGCGUGUCGUGAUUGGCCAACGCGUUGCAAACUCUUGGAGGGGCACUAUUGUGAAUCGCCCGUAUUGCCUGGAGUAUCCUUGGUGAAUAAAGUACUACUUGUCAAUCAACGUCGGGAUACACUGUAACAAAUCGCAUCAUUGCACGAGUGCAGCGUCCACGGCGGUGCUUCUCUUGGUGCUAUGUAGUUUGCUUGAAGUUUGAGGAAUCUAUUAUCUUUUGGCGGGCUUGGUGUAUAUGUAUAUCUUAUCCAGCAGCAUAUUUACUCAUGGCAGAUCUGCAGUUGAAUUUUUUGUCAUCAAAAUUUUACACUCUUUACUCGGAGCACUGACUUACGCGAAAGACCGUAAUGCGUCAGGUUUUGGUUGUCAUUAGGUGUCUAUAGGAGUAUUAUCAUUAUAAUUGGUUUGGGAUUUUGAUCUGCAUUUAAGUUUCCGAUAUUUGUAAGAAUACAUCAUUGUCGAUUUAAAGGAA